CUAGAUAUUUAAAUUUUAUAUUGCUAUUUCUGAUUUUACGUUAAAACUCGUGUGGUAGGAUUGACAUAUAUACAUAUAUAUAAAAUUUUAUACGCUCGAUUUCUGUUCUUUCUAUUGCACAAACUCCACGAAGUUUCGGUGAUGUGAGUGAAAGAUGAAAAUUAUCUUACUUUUCCUAGGUCUACUGUGCCUUACACUGGCCGAUAAUGCGCCAAAUAAAAAGAAACUGCCGACCAAAAAGGCCUCAAAUACUCAAAAAAGAAGCAUCGCUCUGCUAACAGGAGAAUAUCACACCCAAUCCGAAUAUCCAGCCGAUGGUUUGAGCCUAAGUUUAGGCCAAGACCCUUGGUUUACGAACCCUAAACUAGGCUCAACGGAUUACGGGGACAGCUCCAACGAAUGGCUCGACAUUCCCGACUACAAAUCCAUCAUCACGACGAUCUACAAGGAAACUAAAGUACCAGUACCGAUCGAAAAACACGUGGGAGUACCGGAGUUGAAAACGGUACCGUAUCCAGUGUACGUGGGCGUACCGCAACCAUACCCGGUGGAAAAAGAGAUUCCCUACCCGGUGCACGUUCAAAAAAAAGUACCGAUUCUAAUCCACAAACCGGUACCGGUGGAAAAAAUAGUCAAAGUACCCGUCGAGGUGAAAGUAGACGCUCCUUAUCCUGUAGAAGUCAAACAUCCGGUACCGUAUCCCGUAUACAAAACCGUCAAAGUACCGUUUCUUGUCAAAGUACCCCAGCCGUACCCGGUCGUUAAAAAAGUUCCCGUACCGGUGAAGGUUCCCGUUCGCGUGCCGAAACCCUAUCCGGUGCACAAAAUCACGCCGGUACCGGUCAAAGUGCUGGUCGAUCGGCCCGUACCGGUACCCGUCGAACACCCCUAUCCGGUGCCGGUGGUAAAGAAAGUACCGGUACCCGUGGAGGUGCCCAAACCGUAUCCGGUCAAAGUGUUCGUCGAACGGCCGGUUCCCGUUAAAGUGGAGAAAGAAGUACAGGUGCCGGUGAAGGUGCUGGUACCGCAGCCGUACCCGGUUGAGAAAAUCGUUAAAAUACCGGUGGAGAAGAAGGUUCCCUAUCCGGUGCAAGUGAAGAUAGAACGGCCCGUACCUUACGAAGUAAUCAAACGGGUACCGUACAUAGUUUUCAAGAAGGUACCGGUGCCGGUGGAGGAAUUCGUGGGAGUGCCGGUGAAAAAGGAGAAGGAAGAGAUCGAGGAGAAGAAGUGGGAUUGGAAGUGGUAGAUUUUGUUACGGAGAAAAUAGCUAUAAAAAGAAAGUUUAAAUAAAAUUUAACUGUAUAACAGAAAUUUUCGAUAGUGCAGAUAAUAUUGGCGUUUUCUUUUUUUUAAUUAUUUUGAAAAUUUAAUUGCGCUAAUAAGAGUGCGGGAAAAUUUAUAAUUUUUGAUAAUUAUGUGCGUUUUAUUGAGUAUCGAUAUUGUUAAACAAUUUUUACAAAACAAUUUGUACUAAUAUAAAGUCUUUGUUAAAAGUAAAGCAAAAUUGACUAAUAAAUUUUUUAAUACCUAUCUACUCGUAUUUUUGACUAAUUUGACUACAUUAUAACUACACUAAUAUACAAAAAGAAAUAAGUUUUGAUCGAUUUUUG